UAAUUUUAGGCUUAUGGAAGAAAACGCUGACGACUUCAGUCAACUUCUAAGUGACUAUCAGAAUGCUUCGACAGCAUCAAAAACGAAGGACAAUGAACACGAUGGAACGCAAUUCAAGAACCCAAAACAGUAUCAGAGGGAUUCCUUUCCUCAGAAUGGAGUUGGAUCUCACAAAUGUAUGACUUGCAACUUUUCCUUCAGGAGCCGAGAGAUGCUUUUCAACCAUCUUAGUACGCACGUUAACUGUGAUCAUGAUGAUUGUGACUACGUUGGUGUUGCUCAGGCAGUAGCGAAACACAAACGCGAGGAACAUGAACAACCUGAAUCCUUGACGGUGUUCUCAAUGGAGCACCCUGUCAUACUUGAAGCGUGGUUGGAACAGCGUCGCAAGAACUUCCCAUCCAGUGGAAACGUAAAAUUGAAACAGCUCCGAGAACAAGCUAAGAUUGAUCAUGGCAUUAUUGCACGAGAGAAGUCGUACACCUUUAAAGACAAUAAAUGGGGUGUUAAACGACAUAAACCUUGUGUUCCUGAGACUGAUAAAACGAAAUCCCCUGAUAAGGUGCUACCAAACGAUCCCCUUUCGUUUAUCUUAAAUCCUGGGGAGAAAAAACAUGUGCCCGAAUCAGCAAGUUUGCUAGGGAUUGGGGCGUACAAUAGUUCUAGUGAAUCUGAGUCAGAGGCCUCAGGAGUUCAAGUUCCAAAACUUUCGAGAGUAAACCAAACGAACCAAACGUAGGGCAAGCUUUGCGAAAAUUUAAAAGAUACGCCAAAAUGCGAGCUGCUGAUGGCAAAAAGAAGCGAGAGAAAGUGAAGUGGAACGGUGUUAUGAAGUCAGGUCGACGUAGAUAUCAGCCCACUUUACUUCAGAAACUCUUAUCCAGGGACAUCAUCAGGGAACAUAAUACUGUAUUGCAGUGCGUCAGAUUUAUUGUGAAUAACAACUUUUUCGACAAAAGUCCGCCAGAGCCUAUUCAGAGUGAUGUGUUGCCACAGUGCAAUGAAACAGACAAUACAAAUCAUAAGUCAAGGCAAAACCAGUCUGAGGUAGAGCUGAUAUAACAAAGCAGUCUACCCCAUGAGUCAUGACGAACAGUGUUUAAUGUGGAAUACUUUUUGCUUCAACUUUUUAUUCUCACUUUUUUUCCUUAUGGGUGAAUUUUGAUAACAUUUUCUGGUAGUUUUUUAAUCCAUUAUUGAUAUUAACUUAUUGAAUUUUUCACGGCGAAAUCCCGGUCAGUCUCCUGCUUUGUGUUGAAAUUAUAUCGCAUUUUACCUGAUCGGUUGCAAAUAAUUUUUUCCUAGAUGUUUAAAAUCUUAUCGAAGAAGAUGAUCCAAUAAUAUUUUUUAAACCGUUCAUUGUAUUUAAUUUAAACGGCUUCACUUCACAGUAGCUAGUGCAAAGAUGGCCACUUCAGAUUUCUACCUUCGAUACUAUGUUGGACACAAAGGAAAAUUCGGUCACGAGUUUCUAGAGUUCGAGUUCAGACCUGACGGCAAGUUGAGAUACGCUAAUAACAGCAACUACAAGAACGACACAAUGAUCAGAAAGGAGUGCAACGUCAGUGCACCAGUUCUCAAGGAACUAGCCCGAGUUAUAGAAGAAGCGGAGAUAAUGUAUGAAGAUGACAAGAUGUGGCCAGCUCCAGACAGAAUCGGCCGGCAGGAGCUUGAAAUAGUACACAAGAACCAACACAUCUGCUUCAACACAAGCAAGAUAGGAAGUCUGGUAGACGUAAACAGCAGUAAGGACCCUGACGGUCUGCGAGCUUUCUACUACUUGGUUCAAGACUUGAAAUGUUUCGUCUUCUCUCUCAUCGGACUCCAUUUCAAAAUUAAGCCCAUCUAAUUUUACCAAUGCUUACAUUUAACCCUAUAUAAACGUUAUUGAUAUAGAAUAUCUUAUUUACAGCUAGAGUCCUGCUCUUCUAAGUUGAAAAGGAAUCCUUUUUAAUCGUAAUACAGUUAAUCCCUUUUCCAGCCAUAAUGCACCUGCUAUCUUUACUUACUUUGUCGGUUGACUGGAAGUUCGAGCCCCUAUUUUUGAAUUUAUAGCGCAUACUACCGUAUAAUCAUGAUUUCAAAGUUUCUUUAAGAAAUUAUUUUUUGAUGAGGUUGAGAGUAAAAUUGACAAUGGAAAAUGUGGGCGCUGGCGCUAGCUGCUACAGAAAUACUGCGCUCAGUAAUCUUUUACUUAUUUUGUAUAAUUUAAGACUUUAAACAUUUUGCUGUUCAUAUGUCA